UCGCGCCUGGCGGCUGGGGUCUCACCUCCCUGGCAGAGCUGGGCUGCACCUCUGCCGUGGCAUGGGGGCUCCCAUUAGGCACCCAGCCAGUGGGCCACUCCCAGUGGGCACCACUGUGUGCCCACUGCCUUUUUUUCCUCAGGACUCCAGGUGGCACUCUCCAACUGGCAGACAACUCGCCCAGGCCUGGGACGGUCCCCAUGCUAACCGGGAAGGCUGUGAGCUCCAGUGGCCCUGCUCCUCAGAUUAGGGAAGCCGAGGCACCGACUGAGGCCAGAGCAGCCUGGCACCUCCCUCCAGACCCCCAGGCUCAGGGCGAGGAGCCGCCUGAGCAGGGAUGGCACAGCCUGUGGAGCAAUGGGAUGCCUGGCACAGGGCGAGCCCUGGGGCAGCUCAGGAGAGACCCCAGCCCUGCAGCGGCUCAGGGUCGGGAUGUCCAGAGGAACUUCGGGAGACUGCGCGCCCCAGCCUCAGCCCCUCUGGUUCUGUGCCCUGCUCUGGGUCUCAGAGGCUUCCGGAAGGCUUCUCUUGGCAUCUCAUCCAGACCCUACAAGUUGGAGAUGAAACCACAGGGACCGAGACUGACCACAGCCACACAGCAGGGGAGGCAGAGCUUGGGCCUCUGGCCUCCAGGACUUCCAGGACGGGGCCCUCUGCUGCCCACCCGUCCUGGAGCCCUGGCAGUGGGAAGCCCCCAAGGCUGGAACUCUGGGACAUCUUUGCCCUCUGUCUGAACCCCAAAUUCCUCCAGCUGAUGCCUCCCCUCCACCUGUCCAGGUCCUCAGACAGUCUUCAUGCGGCCCUGACUCUCCGUCAGCUCUGACUUUCCGUCCAGUGGCGUUAUCUGUAGAGCUACUUCCAAAAAAGGCCCCGAGUGCUGCAGGGGCCACCCUGCCCGGCUCCUCCCUCAGGACGGGGGCUGUUCCUCUUCUCAGGCUGGCUUCUCCUGCUCUGCUGACAGAGACCUGAGGACCACCCCCCCCCACACACACACAUACACAUUCAGGGGCACACAUGGAGACAGUGCAUUAGGAGCUUUAGGAGCAUUUGGCCUCUUUUGCAGCCAUGCCAGGGCUUGCCCUGGGGGCCCCGCUCAGGUUGUGGUGCCCUGCAGCACCUUGCCCAGGCCCAGGGCAUCCCUGGGGCAGCAUCUGCAGCUGGACAUGCCGGGCCCUGCAGUGGCCCUGCUCGGCCAGCAGAGGAGGGUGGCUGCUCCGUCGGCAGCCUCCACCUCUGGCAGGCGCCCUCCCAUAGAGGGCCAGCCAGAGCACAGGCACCGAGGUCAGGGGAACGAGUGGGUUUUAUUUUGGGUAUCAGCGACCUUCCCCUCGGGGCACUGGGCUGUGCUGCGGCAGGACACACUGAAUCGGCCCUGCUGGAUGGGCCGCCGCCCGCCGAGGGCCUGCAGCAGGUGGCAGCGAUGCUCAUUGAGGCUGGCCGGGGCCCCCAGAGGCCACCUGGCCCCCCACCACCCCUGUUACCCAAGCCAGGGAAAGAUGACCUGCAACUGCAGAGACUCCUGAGGAAGGCGGCCCGGAGGAAGAUGACCAAGGGCGGGCCUCCCACCCCACAAGGGGCUUUCCGGGCCUCCCUGUCACCCGUGAGCGAGGCCAGCCAUGACCAGGAGACCACAGCCCCGCGCCCUGCCGAGGCCCCGCCCGUGCGGUCCUCGCUGCCCCGCUCCCCCCACCCCCCUGUCAUCCACCACGUGGCCUCACCCCUGCAGAAAUCCACGUUCUCCUUCAGCCUUACCCAGCGCAGGACCCUGGCUGCUCACUUCAAGGCCAUGGCGCCCCAGCUCGCAGCCCCAACCCCAGAACACACCCAGUCCCCCAGCACAGUCUUGGCCCCUGCAGUGGAGGGCGCCCACAUCAGCCAGGUACACAUCCAGGUGGUGCCGUCCCCACCGUCUGGGACCCUUGAGCCCCACCAGAUGGCCACAGAGGAUGGGCCUGGUGACCAGGACAGAGACACAGCCCCAUGCCCUCCUGGGGCCCAGUCCCUGAUCCCAGUGGCCCAUAUCCACCCACUGCCUGCUGGGACCCAAGCCACCAGCUCUUGGCCUGAGUCACCCCCUGUGUCCGGGACCCCCCCCAGCUUGCAGGCCUCGGUGCCCAGGGAGGCCAGCACCCAGGUUGUGGUGCCCAUAGCCCCUACCUACUGCUCGCCGGGACCCUCGCCUUAUGGGCUGCCCUCUGCAGCCCAUGAAGCUGAGCAGAUGGAACACCCUUCCACAGUUGGCGCUGUGGCUAAGGUUGAGCAGGUCUCCAGCCCAUGCAGGGCCUGGUCCCCAGCACCCGCCUCGGGCUCUGACCCGUGUCCUGUGCUCAGAGCCGCACCCAAGCCCUGGCUCAGUGGCUGGGCUCGCCUGAGGAACCAGCUGAUGGAGCCAGUGGAGGAGGCCCCAGUCCUGGGGCCAGAACAUAGCCCGGAGCGUACAGGUCAUAAAGAGACAGGCCACACCAGCCCACUGCCACCGCCCCCUGCCUCCCGGGCCUCUACGAUGUGGGACGCGGUGCUGUACCGCAUGUCGGUGGCCAAGGCUCGGGGCAGCCCAGCAGGGCCCCGGGACAGGGUGCCCACCCUGGCUGGCCUCGGCCGCCUGCCCUUCCUGUGCCGACCUCGCUUCAACGCCCGGAAGCUGCAGGAGGUGGCUGCCCGGACCCCUCUCGUGAUCCCCUCCGUCCUGGAGCUGAGCCCCCAGCCCAAGAACUUCAACAGGACGGCGGUUGGCUGGAGGCCAGGGUGA